CACGCUGACAUUAUCAUUUGACACAAAUGAGAAGUUAAGUUGCCUCGUUCCGCGUAUUUCACCUAAAAUUACUGAGAAGCUAGUCAGAUUCUGGGUCUAAAGCAACUGAAAGGCUAUGAAGUUACGUCUGUGUGAUAAUAUGUUGUUGGUUCUGAUUCUGAGUAUUGUUCAGAUGAAUUGGGUUUCCUCUCAGGAUCACCAAUGGCCUCUUCACACAGUGUGCAACUCAGACAGACUCACGGUGACCUACAGAAGCUGCGACCCUUUACAGGAUGUAGGUUUCACUUUCCUGCCUUGCCCUAACAGAUUGACCGAUCCUAUAAAAAUCAGAUUGGCCCUUAUUCUGAGGCAGUCCAUCGAUGAGCUUUAUUCAUCAGUUGAGCUGCUGCUAAAAGACACCCAUGUAUUGAGUCGGGAUGAACCCCUCUGUCUUCCUCAUUUCCCACGGUUCACUUUUUGUGGAAGCAGGAGAGGAGAGCUCGUCACCAUAGGAUCAUCGUUUAAGUCAAAAGUAGACCUUCCUCUAAAGGGUGAUUUUCAUCUUAACCUACAUGCAAUAAACCAAGACGGCUUCCAGAUUGCCUGCGUUAAUGCAACUAUUUACAUCCAGCAAAACUAG